CUGUCCAUUUUCUAUGCAAUUCAAGUUAGAAAACGAAGGCAGAUUCCACAUUGCUUCUUUGAACAAAUGGAUUGAAUUAUUAUUGAAAGAAAUCCCAAUCGUCACAAAAUGAUGGGUCGUCUAGCUAGUUUUUCCAUGCAUGUCAGAAGUCGCCAUCGACGAAAACCUUAGCCAAGUCUAUAAAACAUAAUAUUUCGUUUCAUUCAUUUGGUUUUUCCAUAUACCAAAUAAGUUUUUCAUAGGUGAUCAUUUCAACAAUGAGUUACGACAGCAAAAACCAUAAAGCUUCCGCAGGAGUAUAUCCUCCACCAUCUACUUCAUGGCCACCAAAGCAGGAGGUGCGUCGUCGUCCUCGUCCUCGUCGUCGUCCUCGUCCUCCUACUACUCCUCGCCCUCCUAAAUGUUCUUGUUCACCAUCAGUGCAAGGGUACUAUGAAGCCGGUCCUGAUGUGGCACCACCUCCAGUUAGUGACCCUACGAAAUAUGGUCCUCAACACCUCCAACAGCCACCUCCUCCUCCUCCUCCAGAAAGAACGAGGGAUGAUGAAUUUUGCACAGGAUGUUGCUGCUGCUGCCUCUAGGACGCGUGCUUUUAUGAAUGAUUCUCUGUAAAAUUUGCAGCUUGUAAUUAUUUCCCUUGUGUUUCUUGUUGGGAAUCAUAAUUAUUUUCGCUCUUUUUAUGUCACUGUACGGACUACGUAUGCUUUAUCCACGCUAUAUUCUCCGU